UGUACUGAAUUUGAUGGGAAACCCAGUGAUUAGGAACAUCCCUAAUUAUCGAAGGACAGUCACGGUUCGACUAAAACAUUUAACAUACCUGGAUGAUAGACCAGUUUUUCCAAAGGACAGAGCUUGUGCAGAGGCCUGGGCACGAGGAGGGUACAAAGCUGAGAAGGAGGAGAGACAGCAGUGGGAGAGCAGAGAGCGGAAGAAGAUCACAGACAGCAUUGAGGCCUUGGCCGCAAUCAAGCGCCAGGCUGAGGAGAGGAAACAGCAGAAAGCAACCCAAGAGCAAGGACGUUCCCAGCUCACUGUGGACUUCUGCUCAGGGGAGAUGCUCGUGCCAGACAGCGCCGGGGACUCGGGGGCCAGUGUGGAAGGGGAGGAAGCGCCUGAAGAGGACAGAGAAAGGUGGCAGAAGACGGAGCUGUUUGUCAAGGAGAGCUUCGAGGCCAAGGAUGAGCUACUCCCAGAAAAGUCAGAAGAGUCAAGUCUCCCGGAGGAACUGCCUGCGGAGGCUGACGGGGAGCCAGGAGGGGCGCUCCCUGCCGAGGCCCCGCCACCGAGCCCCGGAGCUGCCUGGGAAGAAUCAGCUCCCCAGACUGUGGCCACUGAAAGUGCAUCAGGUACAGAGCUCUGUGGAGCUGAAGACUUGGAAGCCAUCAGACUGGAGACGAAGGAGAAGCUCUUCAUCGAUGACCUGCCUGACUUGGAAGACGUGGACGCAGGCGGACCUCCGGGAGACGAGCACAAGAAGAUGUGCUUUCCAAAGAUCACAGCCAUCUCAAGCCUGAGUGACGACAGUGACCCUGAACUAGACUACACCUCACUCCCAGUGCUGGAAGACGCAUCCACAGACACCCUUUCCAGUAUAUUCGCAGUCUCCAAGGACACCUCCAGGAAGGCCGAGACGGAGACGCCCUUUACAGGCAUAUUUAAAGCAGCAGCAGAGAGGGACCUGGCAACCCACAGGAGAGACACCAAGGCCCCUCGCCCGCUGAUUCAGGAGCUGGACGACGACGAGCCUUCAAGGCAACCACCCUGGCCCCCAGCCUGCAAAAGGGAAGCCGCGCCAGCCCCGUGCAGUGAGGACAGGGAUGGGGACCUGCUUCUGGCCUCCCCUCCAGGAAACGGCCCUGAAGAGGAUGAAGUGCGGUCUGAGAUGCAGCCUGAGGAGUGCCCGGAGCCCCAGGCCAGAGAAGCCUGGGACGACGUUGAACUUGGCCUGGACUGAGCCCAAGGCAGCCCCUCUGCUCUUGGACUAACGGACAGGCCCUGGCCUGACCCCCCAGCAGGGCAGGUCACCCCCUUGGCUGGGCUCCCCUUCCCUUCAAAGAGUUGUGGUUACUGAGGGCGCGCAGGGCCCUGGACACGGAUGGCACUGUGCUCCCGGCUCUCAAAGCCUAACACAACCCCAACCCCUGGUUAUUUGCAGUAUAAACCAUGUUAACUGUAAACGUCUCCCUCGAGCACUGUAAACAUUUUAGCACCCACACGAGUCCCUAUGUUACUGGAUUAUUCGAUGUCCAGUGAGUCACACGUGAUUCACUUCAUCAGGUACCCGAGAC